AGAAAUGGGUUCUGCAGUUUGGGUGUAGGCCCCAAAAGCCUUGGUGGUGUCACAAUCACCUGACACCUCUGUGGCUUCAGAUCCAAGAUGUCCAGUCCCCUGGAACAAGCACUGGCUGUGAUGGUCACCACCUUCCACAAGUACUCAGGCCAAGAGGGUGACAAGUUCAAGCUGAGUAAGGCUGAGAUGAAGGAACUUCUGCACAAGGAGCUGCCUAGCUUUGUAGGGGGGGAGGUGGAUGAGGAGGGACUGAAGAAGCUGAUGGGCGACCUCGAUGAGAACAGCGACCAGCAGGUGGACUUCCAGGAGUAUGCUGUGUUUCUGGCCCUCAUCACUAUGAUGUGCAAUGACUUCUUCCAGGGCUUCUCACAGCGGGCCUGAAACAGAGCCCUUGACCCCCUGUCCAUGGGCCUUUCUGGUUCAGGAGGACUCUCUAUUCCUUUUAGUUUUGCACUCAAUAAACUUUGUUUUUGAAGAUAAUAUUGUAGUUGCUGAGUGAUGUUCUGUAACCUCAUUGGCUCAGUUGGAUGCUGGAAACUGAAGGCCUCCUAGAUCCCAUCUCCUUCUGGGCCCUGGUUCUCCUUCUGAAAUCUCCCCAAGGCCUUAGGUUCCAGACUUUUAGAUUUCAAAUGCAAGUAACAUUCUGGACAUUGAGAUA